CAGGUUUUCCAGCUCUCUCCGCACGCCGCAAGCGCAGCAUCACUCACAGUACUGUAUGUGUCUGCGGCGCUCUCGGAUUGAACACGACACGAAAGUUCACGAGUUCACGAAAGCUGUCGCGUUAAUUAACAGGUUAAGGUCCAUUUGGUGAAUUGUGAACAUCAGAACAUCAGCUCUGUAACGUAGAUGGUGUUGGUGCAUGGAAUCAAACCGGUGUUUUAUCAGCUACUGGAAGCCUCAGCAGCUACAGAAGUGAUGUUGAUGAACUUCAUCGAUCCCAAAGUUCUUUAGUGACGAUGAUGUUCAGGGCAAUGGGACAAAUCCUGGUGAAUAUUGUAGCAGAAAUCAGGACUCUCAGGACUCUUCUUCUCCUGCUGUGCUGUUUAUUGUGUGAAGCUGGAUACGAGACGGUCACACUGCAGGAAGUGGAAGGAACCACUAUAACUCUCCAUACUGGGAUAACUGGGAUUCAGAGUCAUGCUCGUAUAGUUUGGUUUUAUGGACCUGAGAAACUAGAGGAAAAGAUAUUGAUGAGUUAUGUGUAUAAAGGAGAAACUGUUACAGACAUCAAUGAGAGGUUUAAAGAGCGACUGCUGCUGGACAGAAUCAGUGGAGCUUUAACCUUCAGGAACAUCAGCAGAAUUGAUUCUGGAGUUUAUUUAUUACAAGUCAUCAAUGGAAGUUUCUCAUCUAGGACUUUCAGUGUCAGUGUUUAUGCUCCAGUAUCAACUCCAGUAAUAAUAAAUGAAAGAGGAAAGCGAAGUGUGAUUUCCACAGAGUCGUGUUUCCUCCUGUGUUCUGUGGAGAAUGGAGAAGAUGUGAAGUUAUCCUGGUACAGAGAGAAUGAGAGAAUCUCCAUCACCAAUAACACAGAUCUCAGUGUUCCACUCAAUCUCCCACUUCAAAUACAACACAAUGACACUAACACUUACAUCUGUGUGUCUGCAAACCCUGUCAGCAAUAAAACAACUUCUCUCAACAUCACACAGCUCUGUGACGUCUCAGAAAAUCCUGAUGUACUGACUUACGCUGAUGUGAAUAUUAAAGCUCACAGUGCAGAGAGAGAUAAAGAGUUAAAGAAGAAAACCACAGUAACGGAUGCUGAAGUACAGAGAGACCCUGUGGUGUAUUCAGCCGUGAGGAGAUCCAAAUAAUACAACACAUCACUAUAUGAUAUAAAAUAUUUUAUGUUUUUCCACUUCUCAUGUUCUGUCAUAGGUCAGAAUGACACAUUCGAAUUAAAGCUUUCUUCACUUUAUCUUCACUUUAUCUUCACUUUAUCUUCACUUUCUUCACUUUAUCUUCACAUGCUCAUAGACAUAGACAAUUGACUAGUGUUGCUGUGAAUGACCAGA